AUGCCGAUCUCCCCCUUUACCUUCGGUGAAGCUUCCUCUUCCCCCUCCGGACUGGAUUACCCUCCACCUCCCGCCUCGAGGGGCACAACACCAUCUCCCCCUCCAAGCACUUCCGGUGCCUCUGCCGCUUUGGCUAGGAAUGUUCAAUUUGAUCCUAUGAGUUCGAAAGCUACCGUAGGCUCGGGUAGUGGAAUACAAUUAGAGGCAAAGCCAAAGCCAAGCCUCGGUAGAAUGCUCAACGUCGAUAGAAUGCUUCUACUCAUUCUCGAUAGAACCCACAAAUCUAGCCUAGAUGGGCUCGACGGGCCUCAUACUGGGACUAUUCACCAAAGAGAUAUCACCAAAGGUAGUGAUGGCCUCGCUACUUGUAAUGAAACCGGUGUGGAUAUGGCUACCAUGGUUAUCGAGCUGAAUAGUUAUCCAAUGGGGCUAAGGAUGGCUCCCAAGGGGCGACCCUUAGAAGCGAAGCCGCAAUGCUAA